AUGCCGUCCAAUCGAAUUGCGGUCUACGGCCAUCGGGGAUGGGCCAGCUCAGCUAUUGUUGCAGCCCUCAUCGCCUCAGGAGCCCCUAUCAAGGUCCUGUACCGGCCCGGAUCCGAUAUAUCCUCUCUCCCUAACUCGGUGGCCAAGAUUGCCGUCGACUUGGAUGAUCAAGACACCGUCGUCGCUGCCCUGCAGGAUGUGGAUGUUGUUAUAUCCCUCGUUGGACACGAAGGUGUCACCCGCCAGCUCGGCCUGGUGAAUGCCAUCCCCAAGACGAACGUUCGGCUUUUCGUCCCUUCGGAUCUCGCUGCGCGGUAUGACGAGCAGGGACUGCGCAUCCCAGUCAACCACGCCAAGCACGAGGUCGAGAGAGCAGCCCGUGCUGCUGGUAUUCCGGUUACAGUGGUCCUUACUGGCAAUUUUGCGGAGUUUGCCUUGGCUACACCGGCUAUGGGAGUAGACCGUCGCAAUAACAGGAUUAUCUUCACCGGCGAGUCAGAGCACAAGGCUCUUAACCUCUGCACUCGGUCCUACGUUGCUGCCGCGUACGCCUCCAUAUUCGCCUCAACGCCCAUUGACCAACUCAGGAACCGCACCAUAGCCCUGUGCGAGCUUCGAGCAACAGGAAGUGAAAUCGCACACAGCCUGACAACACAGCAUGGUUCUAGAACACGCAGUAAACAUGAAUCGGCCGAGUCUAUUAAUGAAGUGGUCGAGAGCUCUAUUGCGACCGGCAGCAAAUUCGCGCUGGCGUUCUACUGCCGCAGAAUCUGGGGAAGCGGGCAGCAGACUGAAAUGAUGGGAUGCGAGUUUUGGGAUGUCAAGGGUUUUCGCAAGGCGUCGUUGCAUGAUCUCAUUGUAGGCGGGCGGCUGCAAGAAUAUCGCGAGCUGCCAUCGGCGCUCCUGGAGUUUGUGGAAUCGCAGUUUUAA